GGGCGGGGCGGGGCGGCGCUGCUGGGCGGGGGCCUCGGCCAGGCGCCGACACCUGAGCGGCUGCGCUGCCGCCUCCUCCCCCCCCCCCCCCGCCUCACGCGGGUUUCGACUUUCUCCCCCGCCCGGAAAGUCGCCGGCCGAGCCGCGCUCGCCGCCGCAACAGGCCGGGCCGGAACCGGGCGCCGCCAGUUCAGCUUCUCUCACUGCUUCAUCUUGCUGUAAAAAGUCAAAAUCCAGCAAUUGACAUCUUUAUCCAUGGCUAUGAAAUUGACUGGGAUGAAACACAUUCCACCACACUGGGUAAAAUUCUACUUUCAUGUACAUCUCUGAGGCAUUUGUAUAGACCAGUUUUUCACCAAGAUUUAAACUUUUUUUCACAUUCUAUAAAGGAAUUGUUUCAAGACACUUGAUCCAGAGAAGUCCUGUGAGACCAUUAACUCCUGCUCUUCAAACUGAUGAGCUUUCUUCUGAUGUUGGAUAUCAUGGCAGACCCUCCAGUGGAAGAGCAGGUCUCUAAAAUCAGUGAACUUUGCCAUAAAUGUGGCCAGUUCCACCUGUUACAGGACAAUCAUCUUUAUAACUUCCAGGAUGAAGUGGAUGAUGAGCUGGUUUGCCAUAUCUGCCUUCAGCCUUUGCUCCAGCCCAUGGAUACACCCUGUGGACACACAUACUGUUUCAAGUGCCUUGAGAACUUCAUGCAGGAAUAUAACUUUUGUCCCAUGGAUCGGAAAAAACUGAGUUUCCAAUACUGCCGAAAGUCUAGCCUUCUUGUGAGAAACCUGCUGGAUAAGUUGACUAUCCUCUGUCCCUUCCAGAAAGAGUGUCAGCAGACUAUGCAGAGGUGUGAACUAGAAGCCCAUUUACAGAACAGGUGUCCUGGCUUCAAGAAAUACAAAUCCAAUAUAGAAAGGAGAAAAAAUCCACUUCCUAAAGGCAAGGAAGAUCUCAUUACCAGGGAGGAAACGAAUGCCGCCAGAGAGGUGGAGCUAACAGAUGGAGCAUCAUCACUGGUGGCAGAAAGCUCUAUAGUGGCUGUAGUAUCUCUGGAGACUGUGGAGCCUGGACUCGUUAAUCCAGCCUUUGAGGAGGGUGAAGAAGGAGACCUGCCUCAGAAAGCUAGUCUUGUGGCUGAAACUAGUACAAUUGAAAUUCACCGAGAUGAUCCAGAAGAAGAGCUAGGAAUGCGGAUAGUUGGGGGCAAAGACACCCCUUUAGGGAACAUUGUUGUUCAGGAAGUCCUUCGGGAUUCUGUUGUUGCUUCAGAUGGAAAAAUAGCACCUGGAGAUCAUAUCCUUGAGGUCAAUGGAGUCAACAUCAGCAACAUGACUCAUUGCCAAGCUAUCUCCUUGCUGCGCCACCCAGGUCCUGUUCUUCACCUUAUGGUCCUGCAGGAAAAGGGGUUUUCUAACAGGACUCUUAAACAGGAUUCUAGCCCUGCUGUUAACCGGGAAGUGAUUCACGUUACGCUGAUGAAGAGAGACCCAUCUGAACCACUGGGAAUCAAACUGAUUAGGAAGAUGGACGAGGCGGGGAUUUUUAUUCUGGACCUGCUUGAUGGAGGCUUGGCAGCCAAAAAUGGAAAGCUGAGUCAGAAUGACAAAGUCCUCUCUAUAAAUGGCCAGGACCUGAGGCAGGGAACACCUGAGACUGCUGCACAGAUAAUACAGACCAGUGAGGCAAGAGUGAACUUUGUGGUCCUAAGGCAGUCUGGUGUACAGCUGCCAGAUGCUGUUGAGGAUGGUGGCACACCAAACAGUAGCAGCAGCAGCAGCAAUGGAGAGAGUCCAGUGCACCAUCGGAGGAGACCUGACCAGAAUCGUUACAGACGAAAAUCAAACUACCAAAAGGAUCUACCUCAGGGAUACCUCAGCCAGGAAAAGACAGUUUCAAUAAAAAAGGAGCUAAAGGAAUCUUUGGGAAUCACUAUUGGAGGUGGAAGGGACAAUAAAAACAAACUUCCUAUUUAUGUAACUAGUGUGCAACCCAUUGGAUGCCUCUUCAGGGAUGGCAGGAUCAAGAGAGGAGAUGUGCUUUUGAAUAUAAAUGGCAUUGAUUUGACUCAUCUAAACUACUAUGAAGCUGUCUCAGCACUGAAAUCUAAUGCAGCUUCCCACACUGUAGUGUUGAAAGCCCUGGAAAUUCUUGUACCAGAGAAGGUGCCAGAACCCACAGACCCAUCCUCUGAUAUCAGGGAACACGGAUUCAGUUGGUCACCCCUUUGGAUCACAUGGCUUGGAUUACCUACCUAUCUUCACUGCUGUCAGGAUAUUGUCCUUCGUAAAAGUAACUCAGAAAGCUGGGGAUUCAGCAUUGUUGGAGGCUUUGAAGAAGGCAAAGGAAACCAGCCAUUUUUCAUUAAAACCAUAGUGCCUGCAACACCUGCCUUCUGUGACAGAAGACUAAAGUGCGGAGAUGAAAUAGUGGCAGUAAAUGGAGUAUCUGCUGUUGGAAUGAGCAACUCUGAGCUAAUUCCCAUGCUGAAAGAACAGAAGAACAAAGUCACUCUUACACUGGUGUCUUGGCCUGGAAGUCUUGUGUAAACAUCAAAGCCAAAUCUACAUUCACUUGAUUUAUGAGCCUCUUUGGGACCAGAUGCUCAUUAGAUUGAUGGGAUAGCUAAACAUGUUGCGGGCCUAUCAAGGAAACCCUGAACUCUUGGCAUAUGAUGCCUACUUUCCAGUAGGCUUUCAUUUCCUAUUUGAAGAAAACAUUUCCAGAACUUGAUGAAGGCAAAUGUAGCUGCUUGUUGUAUCUAAAUUUUAGAUCCAACAUCGUAGCAGAUUGGAGCGGCACUUUCGCUAGCUUCAUCACUGAGUCUAAUCAGUACAGGAUUAUUGUGGGGACAGUUGUUUUUCCAGUGGUCCUAUAUGAAUUGUGCAUCUCUCUUUUGAGCCAGUCUCCUUUUUUUCCUUCAAAUCCUAUUUUAGCUGUGCCAAACCAGUGAUUAUAACUAAGACCUACCUAAUCUCCUAAAAUAAGAGCAACGUUUCACAAACUGGUCUAGGGUCGCUGUUGGCUGGUGUACUUGGACAUGUCAUUUUGUAUCUGUUUUUAAAAGCUGCUAAUAAAACUCUAAAUAUGUGGACCUGUAAAAUGGUUCAUUACCAGUGGUGUUUAUAUUUCUUGCCCAUAGAAGUCUAGUAUUUUUUCCAACCCUUUUGUUGUCAGGUAGAUUAAGAAUCCUGUUCGUGCUAAUGCAUUGUGUUGGCUUGUGCAGAAAUCCUUACUGCUGGUGCCAGUUCAGUAAAUUGUUGGAUUUCUAACCCUUCCUCAACUCUGCUCUCCUUGCCUUGUGAUUUUACCAAAAAACAUCUUUUAUCAUGUAGAAAUGGGCCGUCUGAACAUAACGAGCCCACUUAUUCCCAAGAAAAUCUGCCCCCAGGAAGUAACGCUAUUGCUUUUAUGUGCACUUUCUUUUAGUCUGAAAGUGACGUUUUUUGCCUCUCCUAUUCACCACUUUUCCCUCCCACCCAGCAGAGCAAAGAACUGGGUAGAAUGACAUGACCAAAUUAUAUACCACCACCUCCAGCCACACUUCAACCACUGUAUGUGAAAUGAACUACCUCCAAAAGGACAGUAUCCAUUUUGGUUUGUGAUCUUCGUGGAGUAGAUUUAGACUUGGCCUAAUUUCAUUAAUUUUUUUUUUUAUAAUUUCAACAGAUAAGUUUAAGCUUUUUAAAAUAUUUCAGUUGCAGGACAUUGGGGGAAGGGCUUAUACUUUAAUAACAGACAGAUUUAAAAAGUUAAAGCUUUAUAAACCAUUUAAACACCAAUUGUCAAUAGCACACAUCAAAAUAUACAAAGAGAAUAUCCUUCUCAACCUUGCUGGGUUCCAGACCCCAGGUACCACCUACACUGCUAUUUUUAGCCUCCUGUGAGUCUAAGUCAGCUACCCCAGGCUCUGAAACUGCCAAGAUUUGUUUCUUUGUGUAGAUGUACCCUAAAGUUCUCAAGUAGCAUUUUUCUUACUUGGCUUAUCUGUAAAUUACAAUUAUUGUUGGAAAUAGUGUCAGUUUGUGUGUAUAGGGUAAAAUAGAUAGCUACUGACACAGAUAAUCAGAUUCUUCCAAGCCUAACCAUAUAGUAGAAUUUUGAAGCCUGAGGUAUAAAGCUAUUCAACAUUGAUAACUUGGACUUUUUGGAAAAUUCAGAAUGUCGGAGUUAUUCCUCAAAUAUUUUCAUUUAUUAUAUAUAUUACAUUUAAUUUUAAUCCCUAGUAGAAAUGGUUUAGGGCUUUCACUGUUAAAACAGAAAACCAUUUUAAAUAUGCUCUGUACAGUUUUCAUUCUGACCAAAGUGGACUAUAAUAGAAAUGAAAAACUCAUUUCUUAAAUCUUUUCCUGUAAAAAUACUAGCUAGAGUAAUUUCUUUUAAAAAACAUAAUGGAGUAGGAGUUCCCACUUCUCUGUCCUGCCAGGCUCUGCUCAAGCUGAGUACCUGUAAACUAGCCAUUACAGCAGAUCAGCGUUCUGUUCCUUGCUAGAUUAACACUUCACACGCUAAGUGACUUAACUUGCUUUUAGCUAAAGGUUGUAUGUAAGGACUCUUAUCAGAAGUCAUUAAGUGCCAAUAGUUUAGGAUCUAAUUCUUACAAAAGCUUCCAUGGUGCAUUGUGCAGCCCCUUUCUUCAGUUGAUAAAACAUUACUGUGGAUUUAGACUGCAGUUUUUCUAGGCCAGCUGGACUUCUGGGCCUCUUAUUCCUGACAUGUUGAACAGCAGGAGUAAAAAUUCAGUCAGCAAGGUGCCUGUGAAAAAACUAGUACGAUUAACUCUGCCUCCAUCUGAAAUGAAGGAAGUGCAGAACUUCAGGAGUGUUUAGUUUUUGUUUUUUGGUCUUUUUUCCGUACAAAGACACAUAAGCAGAGCCUUGGACAAUACAAAGCUCUGAUGUCUGGUUAGAUCUGAUCAAUUAUUAGGCUUGUCAAUUACCAAAAAAAAAAAAUGGAAUUCUGCCAACUGUUUAAAAUUUUUAAUCAAUUUUAAAUUCAGUUGUGCAAGAUUAGGGGUUUAAUUUUUUAUUUAAAGUUUUAUGGGAAAUUGUGAAGGUAAGAAUUUUUAAAUAGUAGAUAUUGAUUUCAAAAAGUAAGCUUUGUAACCAUUACAACAAACUGUCAAUCAGGUGUCAGAUAUACAAAGUAAAUAUCCUUAAAUCACAUUUACCACACAGCAUUUUUCUUCUUUUGCCUCUAAAUUUAUUACCAAUGGAAAUAUUUUUUUCAUCAGUUUGUGUGGGUAUGGUGAACCGAUACUAACUGAUCAAUCUAAUCAUUCAAAGCCUAGUUAGUAUUAACUUAGAGCAGUGUUCACUGCUAUUGUAACAUUUGUCUCUUAUUAACAGCUAUGCUGUUGUGGUGGUGGGAUAUGUUUUUAAAUGAAGGGGAUGCUGUAAAAGGCAUUGUGAUUUUACCAUUAUUUCGUCUUAUUUCAAGGUGCCUUCAGCAUCACUAAGAAGUCUUAGUACAUAUUGUUUGCAUUGCACACAAGAGCUUGUAGAAUCGUUCUAAUAAAUGUUGAAUUGCU